UCUCCCGCCUGUUCUCCCGCUGCGUGGGUGCCAUGGCAACGGACAGAGAGCGCAACCUGGGUUCCGGAAGCUAGAGAGCUAAAGCUUGGAAGCUACCGGGGUCAAAGGAUGCUGAGUCCGGAGCGCCUAGCCCUACCGGACUACGAGUAUCUGGCUCAGCGACAUGUCCUUACGUACAUGGAGGAUGCAGUGUGCCAGCUGCUAGAGAAUAAGGAAGAUAUUAGCCAAUAUGGCAUUGCCAGGUUCUUCACUGAAUAUUUUAACAGUGUAUGUCAGGGAACUCACGUUCUCUUUCGGGAAUUCAGCUUCAUCCAAGCCACCCCUCACAACAGGGCAUCGUUCUUACGGGCCUUCUGGAGAUGCUUCCGAUCGGUGGGCAAAAAUGGCGAUUUGCUGACCAUGAAAGAAUAUCACUGUUUGCUGCAAUUACUGUGCCCGGAUUUCCCGCUGGAGCUUACUCAGAAAGCAGCCAGGAUCGUGCUGAUGGAUGAUGCCAUGGACUGCUUGAUGUCUUUUUCAGAUUUCCUUUUUGCUUUUCAGAUCCAGUUUUACUACUCAGAAUUCCUGGAGAGUGUGGCUGCCAUCUAUCAGGACCUACUGUCAGGCAAGAACCCCAAGACGGUGAUUGUGCCAACGUCAUCCAGCGGGCAGCACCGCCAGCGGCCUGCCUUGUGUGAAGCCAGCAUGCUGGAGGGAGUCGAGGCAUCACUGUUCUCCCAGUGCCUAGAGAACUUGUGUGACCGGCACAAGUACAGCUGCCCACCCCCAGCACUUGUCAAAGAGGUCCUAAGCAACGUUCAGAGACUGACCUUCUAUGGAUUCCUCGUGGCUCUCUCCAAGCAUCACGGAAUCAACCAAGCCUUGGGAGCUUUGCCUGACAAAGGGGACCUGAUGCAUGACCCAGCCAUGGACGAGGAGCUGGAACGCUUGCUGGCCCAGAUCCCAGGCCUGGUCAACUCAGUCACUGCCAGUCCAGAGGUCAGCUGCCUGCCUUCUCGGACCCCUCACCGGGCUGGCUUUUCCUGGAGACCCCUCCAUCACGCCCGCAAAGUGGACACAGAGAGUGAUGGCUCCACUGAAGAGACAGACGAGUCCGAGACUUGAGGAGUCUGAAGGGUCUCCUCAACAACACCCUGUACCCAGCUCCCACCCAGCCCUUGGGCUCCAGCCCAACCUCCUCUCCCAACCCUGUGCCAUGCUGCCCUCUGCUGGUGAAAAGGCUGAAUAACAGCUACCGCCCAAGACCUGCCAGAAGGGUUCUGAUACCAGCCAACCCAAGCAGUGACCCAAGAAAGUUAACAACCUACUCUCCCUGUUCCUGUCAGCCUUUGCGCUUUAGUCAGGCCCCAAGCUGACAGCAGAUUGAACCAAGACCACCGGGAAGGUAACUUGGCUUUAGCCAUUUGCUGGCAGUCCCCCACAUAAAGUUCAUCUCCUCACAGCAACUCUGGAAAGCGGGAAGACCAUGAAUAGCCACAUGGGGCCUUGCAUGCUCAGGGGUGAUACCAGUGCGAGUAUUAGGAGGACAUAAUCACAGUGGCCUUCUGCUGCAGGAAUAGUCACUAGCCAUGAAGGGUGGGCAAGUAGACAAUCUCUUUCAAAAACUGCUUCGUCUCCUAUUAGUUAAAUGUGAAAUGAAUAAAGUCCCUUGUGUCUGGUAA